UACUGAAGACCAGACAGAUGGCAGCAGUGGCUCUUCCCUUGUUUAUUAAUGCAGUGACAACGUCACAGAAGGUCACCAGGUUGGUUAAGCAGGAUUAACCCUUGGUUAAGCCAUAUACUGGUUCUCCUGUAUCACCUCCCUUCCUUCCAUGUGCCUUAGCAUUACUUCCAGUGCCUGUAAACCUGACUGGGGACCGUAAGGGGCACUGUCUUCUACAGACAUCAUGCACAGAAGAUUUCAGACUGCAAAAAGAGAUAACAGUACUUGUACUUCAGCAGAACUCUACUGCUCCUGCUGAUGCUGCUCUUCAGCUUUUCCCUGUAUUGUUUUAGCAGCAGGGUGGCUGGAGGUCUGUCUGCUGCAAGUUUGGUGUGGAGGAGAUCAGAAGCUGUGUUACAUAUCUAUGGGACUCAUAGUUGCUUUUAUGUUCCAUACCAUGCACCAGUGCUGUCUGUUUCCAGCGGCCCUUUAUGAGAAGAAGCUUUGGACUUUCCUGAACUACAGGAAAGCCAGCAGUAUGCUGUAGGAAAAGCCAGGAUCUCAUGCUGUAGUUGAACUGUAACUUCAUUGGCAAAAUUUGUUAGUUUUAAAAUCAAAUCCGGAGUCUUUCUGAUUUUAUUUCCUAUUUUAUUAACAGCAGCUUUUAAAUGGCAUUCAUUAUUUUUGGCUGCAAAACGCACACUUUUAUUACUCCUAAAUCCGUGCUGGUUCUUGCUGACGAUGCCACUUAACAGCAAAAACACGCAACAUCAAUGCCCUCUUUGUGCACAUUUAUCUCCCUCUAGUGGAAGCAAAGCCUCGGAAAAUCAGCAAAGUACACCAAGUCUGCUUCUCAAGGGAGUCACAAAAAUUGAAGAUGACUAAUAAAGAAGGAAUGUUGUCCAGCUUUUCUAUCCAUUCAAGAAUGGCACUGGAAAUCUAGAGAAAUGCUAAGAAGACUGACUUGAGAAAUCAAGUUCUUACUGUAUUUUUGGAUAGUUCUUUCGUUGCUCUGCUGGGAUUUAGAACAGUUCUGUCCCGGAGGUUUAGGUUGUGACCUUAACGGGGCAAUUCAGACAGAAAUGUGACCAAUUCCAAUUCCAUUGGAAGUUUUUUUGUUGUGGGCUUUUAAUCAGAUUCAGCAGGAAGGGACCACUCUGGUGCCAUCAGCACCACUCCUGAUGAAAGAUGAUGUUGUAGCAAGGUAGGGCUUGGUUCCUUCUCCCAUGUAACAGUGUUAGGACAAGAGAGACUGCCCUCAAGCUGUGCCAGGGAAGGUCCUGGUUGGAUAUUAGGAAGAAUUUCUUGUCAAUGAGAGUGAACAGGCACUGGAAAGGGAUGUCAGGGAGGAUGUGGAGUCUUUCGCUGUCCCUAGAGGUUUUCAAGAAACGUGGAGUUGUGGCACUGACGGACGCAGUUAGUGGGCACGGUGAGGACGGGCUGACGUCUGGACUCGAUGAUCUUAGAGGUCUUUUCCAACCUCAUGGUUCUACAAUAGACUAUUUUUACUCAAGGCUAAGUGGUUAAGCCAGUGUAACUAUAACUGCACCAGUACUGCUUCUUUGCAAGGUGUCUGCUAUAAAGCUGGGAAGCGUACCAGAAGAAAGCAGGCAACGCAGCCACCACAGGCGCCCACAUCAACCCCUACAGGAAAGCCACCCCCACGGAAAAGCCGUUCCCCUUUCCCCCCCCCAAGAUGGCGGCGGAACGCCGAGCGGCAGGCGCCCUUCCGGUGGAGGGAGGAAAGGAAGUGACGACACGCCGCGCCGGCAGCGACGGGGACGGAGUUCCGCUUCCGGCGGGAGUUGUGCGGCCGGGCUGCGGUAUGACCAGGUGGGCUCGGAAAAUCGCCGCUGCGCGCGGCAAGGCGCUGAACUCCACACCCUGGGAGGAGAUGGCGGCGGGGCCCGCGGAGAGCGGCCCGGAGAGGAAGAAUAAAAGGAAAAAAACGUACCAGAACGAAGACGUCAAUGGUUUUGCGGCGUACCUGAAGCAGGCGGGGGAUGGCCGGGGGCGAGAGGAGGAGGCGGCGGUAGCCCUGAAGAAGGACCGUAGGCGGGAGGACAGGAGGCUGAGGAGGCAGGAGGCAAGGAAAAACGCCAUGGUAUGUUUCCACUGCAGGGAACCUGGCCAUGGUGUUGCUGAUUGUCCAGCUGUACUGGAAAGUCAAGAUAUGGGUACAGGAAUCUGUUACCGGUGUGGAUCCACAGAGCAUGACAUUGGCAAAUGCAAGGCAAAGAUAGACCCAGCUGUUGGUGCAUUUCCAUAUGCAAAAUGUUUCAUCUGUGGUGAGAUGGGACAUCUAUCAAGGUCAUGUCCUGACAAUCCCAAAGGAUUAUAUGCCGAAGGUGGCUGCUGCAGACUUUGUGGCUCUGUGGAGCACUACAGAAAAGACUGUCCGGAAAACCAGAACUUAGACCAGGUUACAGUUGGGCGAUGGGCCAAUGGUAUGAGUGCUGAUGAUGAAGAAACUACAGAAACACCAACGCUACAGAAACCCAAAGUGAAAAUACUUAAAGUUAUUAAUUUUUGAAAGCCUCCUUUGGGUGCUAAACGGCAGUGGUUGUGCACUGCUUCAUUUCAGUGUAGUGACCGCAUAGAGUGGAUUGCUGCUUCCUGAAAACCAAGCACACUGCUGCUGCUGGGUCUGUAUCCCUGCUUUUUACAGUUCAAUUCACAGACUUAUCCAGUGGACUGAAAAUCUGGGAACAACAGAAAUGCAUCAAGAAGGUGUUUUAUUUAUUUUUAUACAUUUUUUGCAGAAAAGCUUUUCUUCUGCUAAUUCUUUAAAGAAGAAAAUUGGUUUUCUCUGCUAUCAUGCAGUGUGGUUGCAAUAAAAGCACAGGGUUAUGUGCAUUUUGUCACAGGGCUUUAUGGCCACUCGAUUUAGUGGUCAGUAGCACUCCCUUAAGGAUUGCUGUAUUGGAGACGAAUACAAUUAUGCUGAUCUUAAGUCAUCCUGCCUUUCUCUGAAAGGGGUUGCAGGCAUUUUCUAAAUACCAAUUGGAUUCUAGAUUGGUUUUGUUUCUUACAAUGAUUUUGUGCGGUGUAUGUGCACAAUUGAGCUGUCUGACAGCUAAGUUAUCAGUAAAGCUACAACUUAUGUGACUUGAGCCUUCUAUCUGGAAAGCUUGGAGGUACAAUUCUUGCUAUACAUAAUGGAUCUGUUAGUGUGUAUGUGCAACAAUCUGAUAGAUUAUGCAUGCUUUAUUACCUGAAUAUUUCACUGAUAAGCCAAAUCAUGCUCUUCCUCUGAUAUGCAUUAUGAAACUCACCUGAAAAACACAAUACCCAAGUUGGAUGAGAGCCAUCAAAAUCAUAUGUUUAACCCCUCGCUCCAGACAGGACCUCCCAUAAUCCAAACUCCAUGUCUGAGAGCAAUGUCCAAAUGCUCCUUGAGCUCCAGCAGCCUGGGGCUGUGCCCUCUGCCCUGGAGAUCCUGUGCCAGUAGCUGGAGAGCAAGGGAGCUUGCUUAGUUUACUUUUUAAGAAAAGCACCCAAAAAUCUUGAUCUUCAGUAUUUCGGUCCCUUGGGGUAUUGGAAGUAAACUUUCCUUUCUGUUACUUAGAUGUACCUACUUCAUAGUGGAUUUUUUUUUUUUUUAAUGGAGAAAGCAGCCUGCACUUGGAAAUCCUGGUAGAUGUUACAAAAUUUCCUCAAGCCAACAAAGGAUGGAGUUCCUCCGUACGUUCUCAGGUUUCUUCCUGUGCAGCUGACAGUGACAGAAUUUUACUUGCAUCUUAUCUGUCAUCUAAGUUGAACAAGCAAGCACAGUGUAAGUAGAGGAGUACAUUCCAAGCUCUGCUCACAUGCUGCUUUCAUUCUGAACUGGGGUCUGGGCACAGCAUUGGCAGAUGCUGUUCUGUAUCUCUGCUGUGCUCCCCUCCACUGUACAGAUGUGGAUUCAAGCACCUGUGCCAUCAGGCUUCUCAGUGCUGUAUUGCAGGCAGUGACCCAAAGGCCUUACAUAUGCCUUCUAAAAUUUCACCUUGCAUGAUGUAUUAAUAAACAACUGUCUUUGACAGAAAGCUAAAUGGUAAUGAAGGUGUUGCUUUUAAAGAAUUAGCUAUCGUUAAAGUUAGUUCAUACAGAAUCCUGCUGAGAACACAGAACUAACACCAGACAACAAACUGAGUUCAGAACUGGUUUUUGAGAUACUUGAGGACAAGGCACUGAGGCUGUGGGUUUGGAACUUCACAUUUCUUACAGAAUAAAAACAAAUUCGUCUUAA